AUGGGUCGAAGAAAAAUAGAAUUAAAACUUAUAAGCAAUAGAAAAAGGCGGUUUGUGACGUUUCAGAAAAGAAAAAAGGGGUUAGAGAAGAAGGCUUAUGAGCUCUCGACGCUUUGCGACGUUAAGGUUUGUCUAAUAAUGUAUGGCCCUAAAGGAAACACUGAGAAUCAAAUCCCAGAGCCCAACAUAUGGCCGGAAAACCCGGAGUUUGUUUCUACCAUGAUUGAAUCUUAUCAAAAUCAAGUCGAGUCCAAUAAGAAGAUUCGAACUCAAGAUCUCUCCACUUUUUACGAUAACUUGGCGAAGAAGGCAGAGUGUGAACGCGUGAAGAAGCUCCAUGAAAGGAAGAAUGGCGUUAACGCCGUUAAGUACCCGACAUGGGAUGAGCGUUUUAACAGGCUGUCGGCUUGUGAGUUGAGAAACGUUAUUAGCGAGUUGGACGUUAAGGUUAAGGCUUCAAAGGAGAGGAUUGAUUUGUUGAAGGGCAAAAGAAUAACGGUUUCCCCGCAAAAACCGGAUCUGGCGGCGCAGCCGCCGCUGAUUUCUCGGAGACUGGUCGGAACAGGCAGUUUGCAGAUGGAGAGCAUUCAGCAAACCUCGUACAAUAUUAAUCCUCCUACGAUAAAUCCGGUGCCUUAUCAUCUUCGUCAUGAUGGACGUCAUCUUUUGGCGGCGGCUGAGGUCAUGGUGACGAAGAAUAGGGUAACGAUGACGAAAGUUGAGCCUAUGCCCAGCAGUUUGCUAUCUUGCGCCCAACCUGCCGCCGAGAUGAGGCCGUACUUGCAGAAUCUGCCGCCGCCGGCGACGGUGCCUUACAGUUGGAACCUCCCGGCGGCCGUGAUUCCGUACGGUCAGUAUCAGUGGAUGCAUUAUUCUGAUAAUGUGAUGAGAAAUGGAUACUAUCCCUAG